AGCCAAACUUUGUUGGUUUAGCUCUUUGCUUUGGUUUUGUUUAAAAAAAAAUAAGUGUCCGACGAUGUCUAUCCCCAGGUUGAUGGUCUUCCGGCCAACCUGGGAGGAGUUCCAAGAUUUUCCCGGUUACAUAAAAUAUAUGGAAUCAAAGGAAGCCCACAAAGCUGGCCUAGUGAAGGUGAUCCCACCUCCGGAGUGGAUUCCUCGUAAGCAAGGGUAUGAUUUAAAGAACAUAAAUGUCACUAUUCGGACGCCCAUCUCACAGGUGGUGUCCGGAAUGCAGGGGCUGUAUCAGCAGCUGAACAUUCAGAAGCGCGCAAUGACGGUACAAGAGUUCUACAGCAAGACUCGCCAAGAACGACACGCUACUCCGAAGCACUUCGACUAUGAGGAUCUGGAAAAGAAGUUCUGGAAGAAUGUUACCUACGUCGCACCAAUCUACGGAGCGGAUGUUCCCGGCAGUCUGACUGACACGGAUGUAAAGGUUUGGAAUAUUAACAGCCUGGGAACGAUUCUGGAUUAUGUUAAUGCAGAUUACAACAUAUCGAUAGCCGGGGUUAAUACGGCCUAUCUGUAUUUUGGCAUGUGGAAGACCACCUUUGCUUGGCACACAGAGGAUAUGGACUUGUAUUCAAUCAACUAUUUGCAUUUUGGUGCUCCGAAGACGUGGUAUGCGAUUCCACCGGAGCACGGGAAGAAAUUAGAAAAACUUGCCGAAAGGUUCUUCCCAGCUAAUUAUCAAGAAUGCAAAGCUUUUUUAAGACACAAGAUGACCUUGAUAAGCACGCAGGUUCUGAAGCAAAACGGUAUUCCAUUCAACAAAAUUACUCAAGAACCUGGCGAGAUUAUGAUUACAUUUCCGUACGGGUACCACGCAGGUUUUAAUCAUGGGUUUAAUUGUGCCGAAUCGACCAACUUCGCCACUGAACGGUGGAUUGAGUAUGGCAAGCGAGCAUCGGUGUGCAAUUGCCGUCCAGAUAUGGUAAAAAUUUCGAUGGAGACCUUUGUCAGGAGGUUUCAAUCGGAGCGAUACGAUCGGUGGUUGAAAGGGGUGGAUUAUGGUUAUCACCCGGAGGACCCAAACAAUUACUGUGCUGCCCCAAAACCAAGAUCACUGCCGAAAAACUAUAAAAAGAUGCAAGAUCAAAUCGAGGAACAAAAGCGUGGUUGCGCUCCGAUUAAAGUGGACAAAAAAAAAACACCAAAGAAGGCGGAAAAACCAAAAGAAAAACUAAAAUCCAUUUGGAGUAGAUUGGAAGGUCGUGAAGGAGGAAUUGCGACCAACCUUCUUCUCGAUGGACCGGUCAAAAACACCAACCGAAUUCGUUUUCAAACACGUACCAUACAACUGCUGGAAGAUUGAUAUUUAUUGAACUGAGGUUCAAUGAUCUAAUGCAAGUUUUAGGACAAAUUGUGCAAUUCUGCAAACAAUAGUUUAGCGAAAUAUCGAUUGAUGUUCUCUCGAGUUAAGAGAGUCUAACGCGUUUUAUGCGACGUUGUAACGCGUGAUUAUCAGUUAAGGUUUUAUCGUAAUCGUGUGUGCUCAUAAGCGGACCCUACACGAGCGAAGAAUAUUGACAGUAAAAAUAUUGACAAGACUGCUUCAAUACAUCAAUCCCAUUUGAUUUCUAUAUAAUCAAUAUUUUCAAGAUACCCUUACACCAUCAACAUAUUGAUCAAUAAUCAAUAUUUUGUUGUAAAUAUUCCUACUCGUGUAGGGUCAGCUAUAGAUCUCAAAUCUGAUUUAUUGUGAAAUACGUAGCGGUUUUAUUCCCAAAACGAGUAGUAUUUUAU